GGACACAAGUAUGGGCCAUGAAAGCAAGGGCCCAAAAACCUUGACUACUUUCAAACCCUAAAACAACCCACACACUCGUUUUAUACUUUCCUCCUCCUCUCUUGUCUCCCUUCUUCUGCACCCCGCCGUUUCUGAGCAUUUCUGUUCUAGCUCGUGACAAUGGUGAGGGUGAGUGUGUUGAAUGAUGCUCUCAAAAGCAUGUACAAUGCUGAGAAGAGGGGAAAGCGUCAGGUCAUGAUUAGGCCAUCCUCAAAAGUUAUUAUUAAAUUCCUUAUGGUUAUGCAGCACCACGGGUACAUUGGUGAGUUUGAGUAUGUUGACGACCACAGGGCUGGAAAAAUUGUGGUUGAGUUGAAUGGUAGACUGAACAAAUGUGGGGUUAUUAGUCCCCGUUUUGAUGUCGGUGUCAAGGAGAUAGAAGGAUGGACUGCUAGGCUGCUCCCAUCAAGACAGUUUGGGUAUAUUGUCUUGACUACCUCUGCUGGCAUCAUGGAUCAUGAAGAGGCUAGGAGGAAGAAUGUUGGUGGUAAAGUGCUGGGUUUCUUCUACUAAUCUAUUUCCAUUUGAUGAGUUUUGAGAUUGAUUUCAGUUUUUAAGUUCCACCGGUUGUAAUAGACAAUGUGCUUGACUUGCAGUAGUUUUAUCAAGAAUAGCAUGGCAAGAGUUGUUUUUCUGACUUGCUUUGUUUUGUUUGCAAAAACAUUUUGGUCGCUAUAAGUCAUAUUCUUACUAAAA